AUUUAAUUCAAGUGAAACGUAAUCAUGACGUGUCGUGUCAUUAAUCUCCUCGCCGCCUCUCCCAAAAUUAAAGGAGGAGGCUGCCACAGAAGUGUGUCCCCAAUCAGCCGAGACACUAAAGAAUGGCAUAACAUCACACGCACUGCUGAGGAUGGAUUCUCCACCAGAGUGUGUGCUGUCUCUUUCUUGUGAGCAGCCCCAGUCCCCCCCAACACUGCCAUCCCUGGACCACAGCCCUCAGGCCUCCUCUCCUCACACUGUGCUCUCUCUACCCGACAGUCCUGUCAUACUGCCUGGUCAAAGCCCCGAACCUUCCCCUCGAAGCCUUGACGCCACACCUUAUUUCCCCCUCUCUCCUUUCCCCCUUAAUGAGGAAAAUAACAAUCAAACUGAAGUUGAUGAAGAAGAUGAAGAUGAAGAGGAAGGGCUGGAUGGAGUUCCUCCUUCCCCGACCCCGGCUGUCGCCUUGUUCCCAGGAGGAGGGGGACAAGAAGCUGCACACAGCCCCUGUUUGGACUCCUCUCCUCCCGCUACACCAUCAGCGCCAGUCCUUGGGUUUGGAGCCCUGGAGCUGGCCCUCUCAUCAGGGCAAAGUGGAAACUGCAAUGACGAGCUAGACCUCCAGCUGUUCCAGAAAGACACUGUCACCAGGGCGUUACCUGGAGUCGGAGGGGCCUCAUCGGGGCCUGCACUAAGGUUUCCCUGUCACGUUUGUGGGAAGAGAUUUCGAUUCCAAAGUAUUUUGUCUCUUCAUGCCAGAGCUCACAGUCUGGACAGAGACCGCCGAGCUUCAGCUCUGUACCGGACUGGACUCCCCUCAGCUCCACUAAAGCAACAUCUCAAAAUCCAAAAGAACCACAAAGACUUGAUCAAGAAUCACAGAAGUCACCCAAACCAGCGUUUACUGCCAGGUACUCUAAUCCAGCAUCUCACAGAGGACGACGAUCUGGAUGGGGAUGUCAAAGGUCUGGAUGAUGGCCUUCAAACGGACCAGAACCCAAACUUUUUGCUGGAUGAUAGCACACCACUGACCCCUCCACUUACAGAAGACCCCAUUUCUGUGACCUCUCCCUAUUCUUCUACAAUUUUGGAAUGUGCGUCGACACCCAUAGCACCUACGUUUCGCUGCCAUGCCUGCAAAGGAAAAUUCCGCACGGCUUCUGAGUUGGCGCGCCAUGUCCGCAUUCUCCACAACCCCUAUAAAUGCACUCUUUGUCCUUUCUCUGCUAGCCAAGAAGAGAGCCUUGCAUCUCACUUACAGGAGUGCCACCCAUCCCCAGACAUACCUGCCCUGCAAACAGCCUUCAAUUCCAGGCCAGUCAUUGCGACCCCUGACACUCCUGUCCCCACCCCGACCCAUACCCCUGCCCCAACCCCAUGUGCUCCACAGCUGACAUCGGCUGCUACAGCGGCUUCAUCCUCCUCUCUGCCAGCAUUUCGCUGUGACACUUGUGGACAGCGGUUUACCCAGUCUUGGUUCCUGAAGGGACAUAUGCGUAAGCACAAGGACUCUUUGGACCAUAAGUGCCAGGUGUGUGGUCGUGGCUUCAAGGAGCCGUGGUUCCUCAAAAACCACAUGAAAGUACAUCUUAACAAACUUGGACUGAAGGCAGGGCUGGGAAGCCUCGGGGGACCAGGAGGUGCUGAACACCAGGCCAAAGGAUCCCCUAAUAAUCAGUCUCUCAAUGCCCUCUACUCAAGCCUUCUUCUGGCCCAACGAGGAGGUGGCAGAGGUGGACAAGGACGAUCAGAAAGGGAAGCUGGUGGGAGAAUCGGUAUGGGCUCAAGCAAAUCAGCCAUCCUGGGCUAUCUGGGGCUGCCUAGUGAUGGCAGCGGUGCCAGCUGCAUGGAGAGACUUCAAGCAGUGGCUCAGGUGGCAGAGAUGGGAAAUGGUAGUAGCGGCAGUAUUGGCGGAUCAGGGGGAGGGGGGACAACUAGAGGAGGGGGUGCAAGUGAAGCUGCAGCAUCGGUUUCAGAGGGAGGGGACCAGGCAACUUGGUGGCAGCUGGUGGCUCGAAGCUUGGCAGUAGCUCAGCAGCAGCAGCAGAGGCCCCAUCAGAGAGGGCAGCAGCAAGACCAGCGAGGCCAAGGUCGCAGCUCGUUGAUUACUGAAGCUGACCAAGUCAGAGCAUACCUCGGAGGCCUGGAUCCAAGAGAAGAAUCCGCAGGAGCAGGAGGGCCGUGGGAGUGCCCAGAUUGUGGAAAGCUAUUCCGCAGCCUGCAACAGGUGGUGGUCCAUGCUCGCGUUCACACUCAGAGGCCCCAAAAGAGAGGUGGCUCUGAAGAGGAUGGGAGUGGAAGCCGGAGAGGAGCAGGGCUUGGAAGAGGAGGUGGUGUUGAUGUGAGACUUGAUUCGCAGCUACAUAGUGGUGGAUCCCAACAAACAGGAGAAGUGAGACAGGAAUCAAAACUGCACAGUGGUGUGUCACAACAGGGUGGAGCAGCUACAGGGUUUCACUCUGUGAUCUCAAGCUUCAAAGGAGAAAAUGGCCUGACAUCAGUCUCCUCCAUACCUUCAGUUCCCACCAGGGAGCGAGUGCGUGGUAGAGGGAUUAAAGAUUGCCCCUACUGUGGUAAAGCCUUCCGCUCUUCACACCAUCUUAAAGUGCACCUGAGAGUUCACACAGGUGAGAGACCCUACAAAUGUCCUCAUUGUGACUAUGCGGGAACCCAGUCAGGCUCACUGAAGUACCACCUCCAGCGCCACCAUAGGGAGCAACGCAAUGCCUUGGCAGCCUCCUCCAAUUCCUCCUCUUCUGGUCUCACAUCCAGUAUUAACAGUCUGACCUCUGGAACCUCUGGGCUGGCCAAGCAGCGCAGAUCCCAGCUUAACCACUGCCCUGUCAACCGAGGCCAAACCGACUCCCCCACCUCUCGGCCAAGCCAGCAGUCCUGGCUCCUGGGCCUUCCGGACCAACGGGAACAUCGCAAGGCCCUUGCAGCUCUAAGGGAUGUCGACCUGGAGACCCAGUACAGGUAUCUGUCCGGGGUGAUGGGUGCUAUUUAUCAAGGUGGAAUGGAAGGAGGUUGGAUAAGGGAAUCUCCUGCAACCAAGGCCCCUAAAGUGUCACGUCGUAAGCCCCUUACCACUAACCGGAUGGUUCAGCCUUCAAGUGACAAAGAAGGGCCAGCACCUUCGACUCAAGGAGGAGGGUUUGAACCCCUGGAUCUGUCCUGUCGCACCUCACCAAGCCUCGGCGGUAUGGAGGAGGAUGGGAGCAUGAGUUUAGAGGAAGGCAGAGAUGUUGGUGCUGGGGAUAGCGGAGGGGAUAGUUCUUCAGGGGUCAAACUGAGUCAGUGUUUGUUCUGCCCAUUCCGUACAUCCUCAGCAGAGCUGAUGGCUAUGCAUCUUCAGGUCAACCACACCAGUAAAUCCAGGCGCAAAAGAACCCCCUCCACUACCUUGGAUGAAGAUGGAGCCCCAAAGGCCACCAAGCCACGAACAGAGCACUCUGACCUCGACUCUUUGACAGUAUGGAGGCACACGGGUGAAGCUGAGUCCAAGACACCACUCGCCGAAUGGUCCUCAACUCAGACCAUGACCCUGAACGGACUCUGUGAAGACAGAGCAGAACAUCUGGUUGAUAUCCACGACCACUCCAACUCCAGUAUGGCCAACAAUGUAAGAGAUGGUUUGGAGAAGAUGGAGGGCAAUGAUGGAGAGCAAGAAGAAGAACUGGAAGAGAAUUUGGAGAACAGCAGUUUGGAGGAUUCGCAAGAUCAGGAUUUGAGGAUGUCCCUUGCUCUUUCACCAACCCUGAGUUCCAAUCACACGAUGGGAGAGGAGGAACAAGUCUUAACAGAUUAAUUGGAGAGAUGGGUUUUUCAACUACAUCCAGCACAGGAUUAAAGAAGGAGGGGGUAGCUGUGCAGAAAGAAAACGGGGUUUAUGGUCAAAUAUGUAUUUGCACCUUUAUGCUUUUACUUCCGGAGGAUUCUUGUCUUAGAUUUUGAAUAGGAGAGAUGGAUCAGUGCUGUUAUGCUCCUUCCAACAUUACGCACCUACCUUAGUUCUGACAAUGGGCGACCUCAUAGUAAACCCUGCGGACCAAGAUUUUCAGGUUUUGGAGGCUACUUUUUCAAUUUCUUUUUUCAUGUUUACUUCAAGAUAGAUCAUUCGGAUGAGGAUAAAUCCCAGAAGAUGAUAGUUAAGAUCUAUGGCAGAUCCUGCAUCAUGCCACAUGCAUUUACUCAACACUAAUAAUGGACUGUAUAUCCAGGACAACUGUAAUGACCAAGUUAAAGCCAGCUGAAAAAAGAGAUGCUCUCCUGAUUGACCACUGAACGGUUUGAAACCUCAAACUUCAAGUUCCUCCACAGUCCGCACAGAUUCGGGGGAAGGUUUGGUGCAGAAAAGUUUCAAGCUGUGAACCUUGGCUAAGCUAUUCGGUAUUAAUUUAAGGCAUGGUUGCGGGCCACGUGCUUUCCUCAACUCACGGCCUUGUUUGUUUGAAAGGUGUUUCUAGACGAUUGUCCUAAAGAAAAACUGAAAUGUUUGUAACAUUUAUUUUGCUUUUUCAGUUAGUGCCUGUACAUGUAUGUUCUUAAAGAGUCUGUGGCAAUCCUUUGCAUCUAGGCUCUGAUAGGUCAUUUAUUUUAUCUGAAUAUACAGUUUAAAACAAUUUAAGUACAGUAUAUUUGUUCAAAGUGGUUCUAGGGUGUUGUGAAUAGUUAAGUCGUACAAGAAAAAGCUACUUCGCAGUGUGAUGUCCUUGAAACAGACGGUCGCCAUUUUUGGUUCAACUUGAGAAGAAAAAAAAGGAGUUGGUAUAAAUAAUGUACAAUGUGAUUUAAAAAAAAGUUUCAUAGCUGAGUGAUUGAAAAGGGGAACAGUUCAAAAUUCAGUGUUUACAAUGGUGCCGAUUGUGGGUUGGGCUGCUCAGCAGCUUCAAUGCAUGGAAAAGAACAAAGUGGGAGUCUCGCUGUGGGGAUGCAGCCCAAGCCCUUCGAUAACAAUCACCUGACACACCUUUUUAAAGAGACAGAGACUUAGUAACUGUGUCA